AUUUCCGGAAAAAGCUACGAGGAGAACGGGAAAAAUGUCGUCAGCGAUGGUGAAGAAAUGGAGAAGUUCGAGACAAGUUCUGAGAUUUGGAUGGCAAUCUCUGCUCGAUCUUCGAUCGGAUAGGGGUUCGAUUUUCCGGGCUACAUCAGGCUUUAUGAAUGGCUGCGUAGAGAAAAGCAAGCUUCAUGAGAGAUUCAAUGAGAACCAGAACAUUAGGUUUUAUUCAUGUUUUCGUCCUGUGACGGAGUACAGAAGUUCUCAGAGAAGUUUGGGAAUUCGGCAAUAUAAGUUAUUCGGGUCAUCAGCUUCGAAAAUUCAGAGGAACCCUACAUUUUCAUCGCUGGAUUCCGAUGAUGUAAGCUACUUCAAGGAGAUAUUGGGCGAGAAGAAUGUAAUUCAGGACGAAGAGAGGCUUGAGACUGCCAAUACAGAUUGGAUGCACAAGUACAAGGGAUUUAGCAAGUUGAUGCUCCUCCCUAGAAGCACUGAAGAGGUGUCUCGUAUACUUCAGUUUUGCAAUGGAAGGCGCUUAGCCGUUGUUCCUCAAGGGGGGAACACUGGUCUUGUUGGUGGAAGUGUCCCCGUCUUUGAUGAGGUGAUUAUCAAUGUCAGUUUGAUGAAUAAAGUCUUAUCUUUUGAUGAGGUAAGUGGAAUCUUGGUGUGUGAAGCCGGAUGCAUCUUGGAAAAUCUGGUAUCUUUCCUGGACACCAAGGGAUUUGUUAUGCCGCUGGACUUAGGGGCAAAAGGAAGCUGCCAAAUUGGUGGAAAUGUCUCAACUAAUGCUGGUGGUUUGCGCCUUAUUCGUUAUGGAUCACUUCAUGGAACUGUACUGGGUCUGGAAGCGGUCUUAGCAGAUGGCAAAGUGCUUGACAUGCUUGGAACUUUGCGCAAAGACAACACAGGGUAUGACUUGAAACAUUUGUUUAUAGGUAGUGAAGGAUCAUUGGGAGUUGUAACUAAAGUAUCCAUUCUUACCCCGCCAAAGAUGUCUUCUGUAAAUUUAGCCUUUCUUGCAUGCCAAGAUUAUCUCAGCUGCCAGAAACUUCUGGUAGAAGCAAAGAGAAAUCUUGGGGAGAUACUAUCUGCCUUUGAGUUUCUAGAUGACAAGUCUAUGGAGUUGGUAGUGAAACACCUGGAUGGUGUACGCAAUCCAUUGCCUUCCUCCUCAGAGAAAUUUUAUAUCCUGAUAGAAACAACUGGGAGCGAUGACAAUUAUGACAGGGAGAAGCUUGAGGCUUUCCUGCUAAGGUCGCUGGAAAAGGGUUUAGUUUCUGAUGGUGUGAUUGCUCAAGACAUUAAUCAAGCUUCUUCAUUUUGGCGAAUUCGGGAGGGCAUAACUGAGGCAUUGCAGAAAGCAGGGGCUGUUUACAAGUACGACUUGUCAUUACCCGUUGAACAAAUAUACAAUCUUGUCGAGGAUAUGCGCGCAAGAAUGGGUGAUGUGGCAAAUGUUGUUGGAUAUGGCCACCUUGGAGAUGGAAAUCUGCAUCUGAACAUCUCCGCUCGGAAGUAUGACGAUGAGAUUGUGUCACUAAUAGAGCCGUAUGUGUACGAGUGGACGGCAAAGCACCGUGGAAGCAUCAGCGCGGAACAUGGCUUAGGUCUAAUGAAAGCUAAGGAAAUCUUCUACAGCAAAUCCCCCGAAAGCGUGGGAUUAAUGGCUUCCAUAAAAAAGAUGAUGGAUCCCAAAGGAAUCCUUAACCCAUACAAAGUUCUUCCUCAGUCCCUCUUCUCUCUCUAAGGUAACGACCCAUUUGACUACCCAUUUCGUUGGACCACUAUUAAUCUCUUGUGGAUAAUUUGACUUGUGAAUCUGUAAAAAAACAUGGGAAAAUCCAAGGGUUUAGAUCCAGACAUCAGGUUCUUUAGUUUCCUGGAUGUGGCUA